AUGGUCAACCCUAAGAACCUCAGGUGCAUCUCGUUCUUCCGCAAUAAGUCCUCUAUAAUGGCCGAGCAAAGAAGACACGUGAAGAGUCCUUACAGGUUCAUGAUCCACCCAUUCAGCACCCUCUGCUUGUUAUUGGAAGUAAGCUUCUUCAUCGUGUGGAUGUGGAAUAUGCUGUUAGAGCCUAUGUUCGACAACAUGAUAGAGCCUAGCUUUCCUUUAGAUAUUGUCGACAAUUAUGUGAUGGUUCUCAGCCAGUUCCUGCUCAUAACAUUCUUCUUCUUUUUGGGAUACAUAGACCUCAAGACCAGAGAAAUUGUUGUAGAUACCAAAAGAGUGGCAUAUAGGUAUUUGAGAACGUUCUUCGUUUUCGAUUUCCUUUCAUCUGAACUUUUGAAUUUAGUAGUAUUUCCCAGCGAGGAUUUUCAAUACAGCUCCUUAAAAUUUAUAAAAUAUGUGCACGUACCUUGCUUGUAUGUCAGACUCAAUACCGUUUUAAAUAUCUUGGAUAACCUGGGACAGGUGAUGAAAGUAAGACAGAAAAUCCGGAUGUGUUUCUGUUAUAUAAUCAAGACUUACAUGUACGUGCAUUUUUUCUGUUGUUUGCUGUACUUGGUUCCUCAAGUGGUGUAUGACACAGACUGGCCAAGCAAUUCUUGGUUGGUGCAGGCCCAGAUCGCCCCAGUUCAUGACGUUCCGGUGCACAUAAUAUACGGAGAAUGCCUCUUGCUAACAAUAUGCUACUUCUUUGGCGCAUCUCCAGGCAAGUACGUAAUAGAACAGACCAAUGAACAAAUUUGCUUGAUUCUUAUCGGCUUGUUCGGUAGACUAUACACUCUGUACCUGCUAGCGGACGUGUUGAAUAUAUUCGGCGUCGUGGGACUCUCAGAGAGCAAUUAUGAAAGGCAGAUAGCAAUGUUGAAGGAAUAUAUGGUAUGCCACAACCUUCCGAACCAACUGGGGAGUAGAAUGAUAAAGUACUACGAGUGCAAAUUUCAGAAGAAAUACUUUAAUGAAGCCGAAAUUCUCAAAAGUCUAUCGGGCCUCUUAAGGGCGGAAAUAUUCCUGUUUUCGGCGAGAACGAUCAUGAGAAAGACUAACGUGUUCAAGUACCUGCCCGAGAAUGAUGUCGCUUCGCUUGUUUCCCUGAUGAAGUUGGAAACUUUCGCGCCUGGAGAUAUCAUCUUCACGGCUGGACAGAUCCACGAGUACAUAUACUUAAUUUCUGCCGGUACAAUUUCGGUGGGGACCAAGGAUGGGAUCGAACUGUGUCAUUUUGAAGACGGGGAGAUUAUGGGUCUCUGUUACUCGAUGUUAGGCUACGAAAUGUUCACAGCCGUGGUUAUAGAGACAUCGGAUGUGUUCAUUAUCAACCACAACGACUUUUUCACGUUUUUGGGUCAAUAUCCUGAUGCGGUGGAGUUCUUACACGAGAAAGCUGUUGAAAGAGCCGCAUUGUACAACCAGCUAGAGGAUGCUGCCAGGAAGGGCGUUGACUCUUGCCUAGUCCUGUUGAGGAGUGGGGCGUUGCUAGAGAAAAAAAGAUUAAGGCCUAUGCAUUGUUGA